CCAACAUCGAACAUUGAACCGUUUUCCUUUCAAGUAUACGUUUCUUAACUACUGAAGCAUUCUCACAAUGUCAGACGACACCAAGCGGUCCGCCUACGGCACCGCAUCCUCCGAUACUGAUUUCCGCAAAACAUGGGAUCGCGAAGAAUACGCGAAAAAGGCGAAAGCAGACGAGGCCAAGCAACGCGAAGAAGCAAAAGCUCGGUACGAAGCGAAACUAGCGGGCAAAAAAUGGCAUGCGCCGGUGGAUUACAGUACUCUCGAGACAACCUCCUCCCGCACGCGGCGACUGGAUGUCGCGUCGAUGGUUGGCAAGACUACCAUGGUGCCUGCGGGCGCUGCGACGGGGAAAAGAGGGCGAGGAGCGGGGUUCUAUUGCUCUGAUUGUGAUCUUACUUUCAAGGAUAAUAUACAGUUUGUGGAGCAUUUGAAUAGCAAGCAACAUUUGGUGGCGAUUGGGGAGAGCGGGGAGGUUAAGCGGGCGACUGUUGAGGACGUGCGGAAUCGGCUGCGGUGGUUAGCGCACAAGAAGAGAGAAAAGGAAGAGGAGGAUCGGAAGGCGCUCAAUUUGGAUCUCGAUUCUAGAUUGAGAGAUAGGGAGGUGGAAGAAGCCAAAGAGCGUGAAGAGAGAAGGGCAAAGCGAAGGCAAAAGCGGAGGGCAGUCAAACAAGAAGAGGACGAAGGAUGGGAAGGGAGGCUGGGGAUUAUUGCGUGAAUGUUUUUUAAGACAGAGGGAUCUGUUAACGCUCAUCUCAUUAUUUGUGAAUGCAUAGAUAGGUAUACCCGCGGCGUUACGAGAGUUUACAAUAAAACAGCGUUUAGUCU